AUGGAUUCUUCCAACGAUGCCCCACAUAAAGUGCAGAAAACGUCAAUUAAUGAGGUUGUGGCAAUUUUAGAACAGGAUCCGAGUAUUGCAGCGGAUGAUGAGCUUUAUUACUUUGCUGUUGAGCUGCUUCAAGAUUCGGAUGUUUUUACAGAUCUUUUAUCAGAACUCAUUGGAUCUCAUGGCCUUCACGGGUCUAUGAGGAUGACUGAUCGAGAGGUAUUGGCGAUUACUCUGUAUAUAUUAUCACAGAACGAGUCAAUGCGUGGUGCGAUGGAAUGCUUCCAACACUCAUCAGAGACCAUUAGCAGGUACUUCUCAGUGGGUUUGAGUGCUUUGGUGAGCCUCGCCAAACAAGUCAUAAAGCCAACAGACCCAACGUUUUCACAAACUCCUGCGGAGAUUCGCCACGAUCGACGCUAUAUGUCAUUCUUUAAGGUUGGGAGGGUAGUGCACAUGACAGUAGAAUUUUCAAGAGUGCAACACGGAAUCCGCAUUAUAGUUUUCCUCAUCCUCCUCAAGGUUAAACACGUUAAAGGAAAGUAUUAUUUGGUGGAUGCCGGUUAUCCGUUGCAGCGAGGGUAUCUCAAACCAUAUCCUGAUACCAGAUAUCAUAUACCUAAUUUUGAACGAGCAAGUAAUAUAACACAAACCAGAAAGGAGGUAUUCAACAAAGGACAUUCCUCUUUGCGAGGCGUCAUCGAGAGGACAUUUGGUGUUUGGAAGAAGAAAUGGGUGAUUUUACGUGAUAUGCCUCCUUACCCAUUUCCAAAACAGGUUCAGAUUGUGAUAGCGACAAUGAUAAUACACAAUUAUAUUAGGCGGCACCCGUCUCGAUAUGACGUUGAUUUCCUCACUGCCGAAGCGAACCAACAGGAAUUAGUUGAAGACCCAUCUGAAAAUCAAAUUGGUAGUUCUAUGAUACGAGAUGACAGCGAACAAUCAACCAUUUGUACUAAGGAAGGGGAAGGUGCGACUGAAAUAGCGGCAAUUUGA